AUGUAUGAGGACAACGACAAACAAGCGUACUUAUCAGCUACUAGAAAUAGGUUAAAAUUCGACUCUCAAGGACAGCCUCAAAAGUCCCAUUUGACGCGAAGAGUCCCAACAGAUAGUACAUAUUCUCAGCGAAUUACGGGAUCUGGUGCAGGAACUGUACUGAAAAAUUCCCUUGAGACUUUGAAAUUACGGCAAUCAUCCGUUCGGGGCUUCUCUCCCAAUGCUGUCAACCUUACUGAAAGCCUGGAAGAAUGUUCUUCAUCCUCCCCCCAUGCUCAAAAAUUCUGGAAGUAUCAUGUCUUGCAAAUCAGCCAGUUUGAAUUUUAUCUUACAACGAACCCUGAUAAUAGACACAAAUUUAUCAGAGGCGCACCUGGCUACUACGUUGAGCUUGUACUCAACAAUGUUUUGGACGGAGAUUACGUUUCGGCUUCAAACAAUGGGUUUCAGUUGGUGUUUAAAAGACAAAGGUACCCAAUAUCAAAAACAGAGUCGAGCGAGACAAAAUUCGACCCAUCUCAGGUUUUCACAGUCAUGAAACAAUCGCAUUCUAAAGGGGGAGAUUUUGAGGUUGUGGGACAAAGCAGCGAGUUUGUGGAUGAUGAAGGACGACAUUCGUACAAACCGAAGCAGCAAAAAAUUGCGGCCACCUUUCUCAACAAAGCCAACUCGCUCUCACAAAAUGGAAUGGUGAUGGAAACUUGCUAUCGCCUCAAACAUCUUCGAGUCUGUACGCUUAAAGAAAAGAAGAGCACCAUUUUGUUCAAGAAUAAAAUUGACGGAGUAAAGUUGUCAAAAGAAGGUUCAAUUUACUAUAUCGAUGAUAAACUAGGUGGCUCAUAUUGGCAUGAUUCAAUCAUAGGACUUUUCAGACCCUGCGAAAGAGAUAUAAAAGCCAAAAUUACGAAAAAAGUAUUUUCAAAAGGGGACUCGUUCCAUUCAGUUCGUGAAGAGCUCAACGACAAUUUGGAGGCGAUGAGCCUUGAUGAUGAGGAAUCUUUCAGCGACCGUACUUUCUAUUUUGCUCGAGAUGGUCUUCUUCAAAGACAUCCUCAAGAUGAUUCACCGAACGAUUACAAACUGGGCUGGAUUACUAUUUACGACAAAUCAGAUUACUUUUCAACUCCCAAUGGAAAUUGGGAAAUGGUGCUAGGAGUCACAUUUGCUGCCGCUUUUGAACUGAUAAUCGAUAGGUUUGUGCGAGAUUCGGCGUUUGCUUGA